AGGGAGGGGGUUUAUAGGGUGGGAUUCUUCUCAUUGUUGGCAGUGGCAGCGCAGACAGACAGACAGUGUGACUGAGGCUCAACUGUGAUGAGUUUAAGCAUCAGAGUCAUCAGCUGUUGAUACAGCCGGAGUGUGUGAGAACAGAGAGAGAGAGAAGAGAGAGAGAAGAGAGAGAGAGAAGAGAAGAGAAGAGAGAGAAACGGAAGAAGCAGCAAAGAAGCAGAGCGAGGUGCUGAAAGGAUAACACUAUGCUGUGCUGUAUCAGGAGAACUAAACCGGUUGAGAAGAAUGAAGAGGCCGAUCAGGAGAUCAAGCAGGAUGGAACCAAACCGGAGGAAAACGCCCACAAGGCCGCCACCAAGAUCCAGGCCAGCUUCCGUGGACACAUCACCCGGAAAAAGAUGAAGGAUGAAGACAAAGAUGGGGAGAAUGACACUGCUCCGGAUGAAUCCGCCGAGAUGGAGGAGAAGAAGGAGCGAGUCUCUCCAUCGGAGGAGAAACCAGUCGAGGUUUCCACGGAAACAGCAGAGGAGAGCAAACCAGCCGAGCAGCCCAACUCACCUGCCGCUGAAGCCCCGCCCACCGCCGCCACUGACUCCGCCCCCUCGGACACGCCCACUAAAGAGGAAGCGCAGGAGCAGCUGCAGGACGCGGAGGAGCCAAAAGAGGCGGAGAACACGGCGGCCGCUGACGACAUAACCACACAGAAGGAGGAAGAGAAGGAAGAGGAGGAAGAGGAAGAGGAAGAGGAAGCCAAACGAGCCGAUGUGCCUGACGACACCCCCGCUGCCACCGAGAGCCAGGAAACAGACCAAACUGACAAAAAAGAGGCCCUCGACGACUCCAAACCAGCAGAGGAGGCCGGCAAAGACCAGAAUGUUUAACGGACGACCAGUGAAAUGUAAAAGCAUAAGUAAUCGACAGACUGCACUUGAUGAUGAAGACGGUCUGUUUUUAUGUUUGUCCUCUCUUUUCUGGUGUGGCAAUGAUUUUCUGAGGUUUGGAGGGAGUUUUCGAUCGCAGACGGACACAAGCCUCCAUCUGUCCGGAUCUUCUUCUGAAUCACCAGAAUCCUUCCUCCAGAGAAGAGACCCUUCUCACACGCUCACAACUAAUACACGUGGCUUCUUUUCAUGUCCUUGGUGUUGUUUCAUUGAAGAUAUUGCUGCACUGAUGUUAAAAAUCGAGAAAAUCCAACAAAAAGAAAAAGCGCCAGCCUUUCUGUUCAAGUGAGUUUGAAUCUAAGGAGUAAAAUCGUGGAAAAUGGUUUCGUCUGUUUUCAAAAUAAAGAAUGUGCCAAUUAUGUUAA